ACAGCCUAUAAUUGCCGAGCUUCUCUCACAGCGACCACCGUAGAUUACAGCCACUUCAGUGUCCCUUGCCAAUUCUUUGAAUAGCUCCGCUUGCGCAGUGGAAAUCUGCACUUUACCAGCUCGGCUGGCCGUUUCUCUUAGCCGUGGCUGCUGUUUUUCGGCGUCCCUCCUGUUUUCCUGACGACACGCCGUAGUUCUCGAUCCUUACGGUUUUUUUCAGAAACAACCAGCGGCACCGGACUAGCUGUUUCUCGCAGCUACUUCUUGGUUCAUUUCCUCUCAUUUCUGAAGUGUGGUCGUAAUCAAAUAAGAGGAGCAAGAUGCCGUACUGCGUGAUUCCUAGCAGCACCAAUAAGACUUCUCGCACCAGUAAAAAUACGAAUAAUGGCGCGAGUGCGAAAACGGCAGGAAGCGGCGAUGACGGACAAGUGAAGCUGUUCUAUGAGACUUAUGGCAGCGGCGAAACGAAAGUGCUCAUGAUUAUGGGCUUCGCUGCCACGCACAACGCCUGGUGGCCUCAGGUCAAGCCCCUUUCAGGCACCGACAUUCCUAACAGCAGACGGAAGGCGGGGAAGCUUUCAACGGGUACAGCCUCUUCAGCUAAUUCUGCUGCAGCACCGGCCGUUGGCUCAGCUGACUGCAGCGCCGCUCUAACCAACUUGGAAUCGUCCGAUGACUGCACCGCCGCUCCUCUCGCCAUGCGCAUGGACGACCGGUCUGGCUGCAACGAGAAUAGUCACUGUACGGUGACGGUGACAAUAGAGGGAGCGGAAGAGCGGAGAGACGUGCAAGUCGUCACUGACGGUGGGAGUGGGCCUGAGCCAGCGUUUUUGCGGCUGGAGGAAGGAGGACAAGAGGGACAAGAGCACGAGGAAACAGAAGGAGGCGAGAAGGGGGAGGAGGCGGAGGAGGAGGAUUUUCCGCUCACAGGCAGGGAGGUUUGCGUUUUCGACAACCGAGGAAUCGGCAACAGCACGUGUCCCAUCGACAAAACUGCUUACACGACGGAAAUCAUGGCGAGGGAUGUUCUGCAUCUGGCGGACCACCUGGGCUGGUCGCAUUUCCACGUGGUGGGGCACUCCAUGGGCGGCAUGAUCGCCAGUAAAGUGGCCGCCACCGCUCCCCACCGAGUGAAAUCCCUGGCGCUCAUCAGCGUCAGUGGCGGCGGCUUUGAUCUUCUACCCAGGAUGGACAGCCGGCUCUUCUCCGUGGGCUUGAAGAUGCUGAAAGCACGCACGCCAGAGAUGAGAGCGCACGUGGACCUGGACACGCACUUCUCGAGGGAAUUCAUGGAGGAAGCCGCUGGCAGCUCGUCCAGGAGAGACCUGCUGCACGUGGAGUACGUGGAGGUUCUGUCAACGCCAGGGGCGAUGCAGCUGCCACACGCAACGAGCGGGCAUUUCAACGCCUGCUGGACGCACAAGCUGACUCGGGGCAACAUUGACAGCAUUUGCAGCGCCCGCAUCCCCACAGCCGUCAUCCACGGAGUUGACGACAUCAUUGCCCAUGUCUCCCUGGGAGAGCGGGUGGCCAAGCGCCUGGGGCAAGUGGCACGCUUCAUCCCGCUGCUGGGGGCGCACAUGGUGGUGCGGGAGCGCACCCACGAGGUGAACGCGUGCCUGGAGGAGCUGUUUGAGGCGGCGGAGAGGCAGGUGCCCGUGGAGCAGUGGGUGCAGAGCAGCAGCGAUGUGAAGCUGCCGGGAUCGGCGCACGUGCAGCAUGAGAAGGCCAAGAAGGAGACCCUCGUCGCGCAAUUCAGGCACGGGCUAUGCUGUGGAGCCUGUUUCUGCCCCUGUACCUCGUGAUGUGCCAGCUGCUCUCCUGGCCAUUCCCAAGCGACAAAGGCUCAUCCAACAGAUUUUCUGAUUACGAGAAUCCCAACAGCAACGAUGUGGAAUCGGGCCUCGAGAAGCCGUUUGGACCGCAAUCUGCAUGGCUGUGCUGGUGCUGCCCCCCUUGGAGUAUCCUCUUUAUGGGAAACAAAGAAUCAAAGGAUGGGGAGUUCAACAAUGGAGGGUUUGAGGGUGGAGAAUGGAGGGGUUUCGCUGCUGCUGCUGCUGCUGCUGCUGCUGCAUUGCCCGGAUCGUCUAGGUCGGCAUCCAAUGCUGCAUCUGCAACCACCAGAUCGCCACUCCUUGCUCCUGCCAUUCCCGAGAGAAAGGUCGACAUCGGUGAUGACUCUCCGUGCUGAUAUUCUGACGAGUCCUCUGUUGAUACUGCCUCUGUAUCAAGCUUCACUUAUAUGGAGGCAAAUAAACGGCCAAGAAUGUUUGGCCCCUGAAGUUUAGAGUCCCACACCUAACAUACACAUCCUAGAGUAAGGGUGUAGGUUGCUUGUGAAAAUGUUAUGUCAAAAUAUAGGUGUUGGAAGAAAGUUUGUGUGCGCCAUUGAUAUAGAUAUAAUGACAAAGCAGAAGUUCGCAAGUGAUAAAACGUCGUUUUUCUU